GUCUAAGCCACGCCCUUCCCAGUCGCAUCUCCAAUUCCAAAGGUCGGAGAACCCUAGCCGUGGAGGCGACGACCAAUUCGCUGCCAUUUCUUCCCCUGGUACAGCUUUGCAUCUGAUCUCCGUCAGUAUCCGUAUGAGGAACACUCUGUGCUUGUAGUGCUGCUGCGGUCGGCGGCGGACGCGGUGGAGCAAUGGCAUACAGAGCGGACGACGAAUAUGACUACCUCUUCAAGGUUGUUCUGAUCGGGGACUCUGGCGUCGGGAAAUCUAACCUCCUCUCCCGGUUCACCAGGAACGAGUUCAGCCUCGAGUCCAAGUCCACUAUUGGGGUCGAGUUCGCUACCCGAAGCAUUCGGGUCGAUGAUAAGGUCAUCAAAGCUCAGAUUUGGGACACCGCUGGUCAGGAAAGAUACCGAGCAAUCACAAGUGCAUAUUACCGGGGAGCAGUGGGUGCAUUGAUUGUAUAUGACAUCACUCGUCAUGUAACUUUUGAAAAUCUUGAAAGAUGGUUGAAGGAGCUUAGGGAUCAUACUGAUUCCAACAUUGUGAUCAUGCUUGUGGGAAACAAGGCAGAUUUACGCCACCUUAGAGCUGUCAGCACUGAGGACGCAAAGGAUUUUGCAGAAAGGGAGCGCGCAUUCUUCAUGGAGACAUCUGCACUGGAAUCAGUGAAUGUGGAAGAAGCCUUCACUGAGGUGCUGAGUCAGAUCUAUAACAUCGCGAGCAGGAAGGCGCUGGAAGCUGCUGAUGACUCGGCAACUUUGCCAAAGGGACAAACAAUCAACGUUGGCAAAGAUGAUGUUUCAGCCGUUAAGAAAGUCGGUUGUUGUUCAACUUAACCCGAAUGACAACUAUUCAAAAAAUUAUCAAAGCAUUUACUGGCAUCUUGCUAUGUUUAGUUAGUCUUGUGGCAUUGAUGGAAGUGGUUCCCCUUGGAAAGUUACUGGUAUGUUAUUGUAAGUUUAAUGAGAUGAUUUAAAAGUAGGAUCUUAAAACUGCAUUCUUGUCUCAAAACUUCUGUUUAGGCAUAUUGAAACUAAGAUUUGCCUUCAUGUGUCGAUUGUUUCCCUGCAAAACAUUGUACCUUUCUUAAUUCGGCAUAUAUUUAGGCAUAUUGAAACUAAGAUUUGCCUUCAUGUGUCGAUUGUUUCCCUGCAAAACAUUGUACCCCCACUUUAAUGCAUGUCUCUUUAUAGUGAUUUCGCUGCUUGAAA